AUUGGCUGUUCCUGGGCUCCGGAGCGCUUUCUCCGGGGUAACCGUCGCUGCCAUCCAGGUGGCCCGGACAGCUCGGGGCUGCGUGCGGCCCGCCUCGGGCAACCAGAGCACCCGCAAUGGGCACCCCAGCCUCUGUGGUGAGUGAGCCACCCCCUUGGCAGGCCCCCACUGAGGCCCGGGGCCGCAAGCAGGCCUCGGCCAAUAUCUUCCAAGAUGCUGAGUUGCUGCAGAUCCAGGGCCUGUUUCAGCACAGUGGGGACCAACUGGCUGAGGAGCGAGCCCAGAUCAUCUGGGAGUGUGCUGGGGAUCACCGUAUGGCAGAGGCCCUGAGGAGGCUGCGCAGGAAGAGGCCCCCAAGGCAGAAGGCCCUGGGUCAUUCACUGCACCACUGCAGCCGGCUCACUGUUCCAGAGCCCGGCUCUCUAUUGGUUGACUCACAGAGCAGUGCCACUGAGACAGCCUCCAGUGAGCAGUUUGGGAACUCCCGAAGGAUCCGCAGGAACUGGAGGAAGUCAGACCCCACAAGCUAUCUCCACCAGAUCAGACACUGAUCCAGAAAGGGGUCAGGAAAGGUAGUAUCCUCCCCAUGAAUCACAAGGACCCUUUGUUAAAGGUCCUGGGAAGGUGCAGAAGGGAGACCUGAGACAGGCAGCCCGACCUGGAUAAAUGAAAGCAAGAGGCCGUUGCUGCUGUCCUGCUCAAAUCAAAACAGAACUGGAGGUGUCCACUGGACUCUGCACUUUGUGAGAUCUAUUCUCACCAGAGUGAGGAGACACCAAGACUGCUUCUGCCUCAGCCCUUCCUGACCUAGCACUGUUAAGUGGGCUGCAUGAUAUCCCCUGGGAGUCAAUGAUGGGCCCUCAGAUGCAGCAUGUCUUCAGUCUGCUACUACUUUGCCAGUUACUACUGUUACCACACCCUCAUGCCAUCAGGCUAGCACAAUGAAACUGUGGCUUAAGUGGAAAAUAAAAACAUUUGCAUUAAGAAUCGUGUCUAUCUGUUACAGAAGGGGAGAAUCCUGAAAGAGACUCUGGAGUCACAGGAGAAGGGACCAGGGUUCCCCCGGAAGACAAAUCACAACAGGCCUCUUCUCCUUCCUCACCCUCAUGCUCCAAUGUCCCUGUGCCCCCUGUGCCACAGCUCCCUCUUCCAGACUGUUGGUCUGGAGGCUAGAUGGGAGGGUCUCUGCAGGCAGUCCCGAUCCACAGGAGGGCCAGGGGAAGGCUGUUACAGUCGGCCCCACAUAAUGAGCACUGGGUUCUUGGCUGAGUCUGCAAAGAAGCAAACACCAGCUUUUAUGUGCCAACUGUCCCAAGGCAGGGAGAGGCUUUCUGAUCAUUCUAAUGCCCCUCCACAAUCCUAGGUAUUUAGUGGCCUGGAAACCUUGAGAUGACGAUUUUCCCUAGCAUUCU